CAAGUUAAUAAUGAACAAACGAUAACGGAACUGUCUGUAUUAUAAAUACCAUGUGCACAUGUGUCUUCUUCUUAAGAGACUUCUAGUUUUUCUUACACGUUCAACAUGUUGGUGCAAAAGAUAAGCUGGACCGUUUUGCUGCUCCUUCUGUGUCAGAACGGAAAGAAUGGAGUAGAAGCAAUAAGGGUAGUGGUCUGUGAAGGAGGAAUUAUGCUUCUCUACUGUAAUUCUGGAUUAAUACAGGUCACUGAAGCCAACUAUGGGCGGACUGAUCGCACGACAUGCUCUUUUUUCAUAGCAGAUUCUAUGACUUCAAAUAUGUACUGUUUCCAAAAAUCAGCCUUCCAAAUAAUGUCUCAUCGGUGUGACGCACGAAAGAGAUGUUAUGUCCCUGCACUGAACACAAUUUUCUCUGACCCUUGUGCUUGGACUUAUAAAUACCUGGAUGUGCGUUAUCAUUGUAUCUAAAAGGUAAAUUCUAAAGCUGAUUGUUAAUCGUAGAAAUAUUUUGCAUCAGACAUGCUAUGUGGAUGAUAACAAAUAAUAAUAAUUGGCUAUAUUUUUUCUGAUAGACUAAAAAAAAUCUAGUAGAUGAUCUAGUAGUCACAGUUUUAUCUGCGUAUGCAACAAUAAUGUGGUUGGGCGUCAAACUGUAUAAAGCAAAAUAAAACAGAAUCUACUUAGAAAGGAAACUCAGCACCAACAGAUCUCAUGAACUGAGAACAAUCAGGAGAUCUGGUAAGAGAAUAACUUUUGUGUUUUUAUUUCUUUUAAACUUGUUGUUUAAUCUGUACUGAGAACUAUACAAAUACAUUUGUAAUUACAUUGUAAAACACACACACACACACAAAUCUUGCAUAUCAUGUUAAAAGUAAAGAAGUUAUACAGGUUAUACAGGCAUGUGCUAUAUACAAUUUAUGAUUGGUUUGUGUAUGUUUCUGGUUCCCUGUGUAUUAUGUUGGUUUUGCUGUGUUUAUUAAAAUUCUUUACUUAGUUAUGCA